UAGUAAAAAGGGAAGAGAGGAAGGAAAGGUUAAGGCGCCGAAAGCCUCCCCACUGAACCCAGCUAUUAGACUCUAACCUUCUUCUUCUUCCUCCACCUCCUCCUUUAAGCCCCUUAGCGCCGACUCAGCAGAUAUCAACAAGCCCACCACCCCGAAAAAAUGUUGAGGGGACGGAAGAAGAACAAAGGAUUCCAUCCCCCUGUGGUAUCAGAAGAAGCCAGGACCCGAUUAGACAACUUGCUCCAGGUGUUCUUCGAUUCCAAUGCACAAGAUUACACAUUCGGGCCGGAGCUCACGGCUAAUGAACGGGCCUACGUGCACAAAUAUUGCGGGAAAAUGGAUAUGAAAUCCAAGAGCAGCGGGUCUGGUAAAAACAGGAGGGUUCGGGUUUACAGGCUGUUUAGGAGGGAGGCAAAGAGCAAUGGCUGCAAUGCUAAUGACAUAAUCCCUAGUGUGAUGUUUUCAGAAGGCUCAGCAGAAGUUUUGGGGGAUUUGUUUGUGCGCUACCCGCCUGGAGAUGGAGGGGAGGACAAAGAAAGGAUUUGUGAGGGUAGUCAGAAGUUUCAGAAAGCCCUGCGGAUGAAAGACCCCAUGUUCUGCAAACCUUCAAUGAGCCAGGAAGAUAUCGCCGAGAGAGUGCAAAGACUUGCUUCGAAAAUGAAGAACUCCAAGAUUAUGGAAGACAGGUCUAAGCUACCAAUGGCGUCCUACAGGGAUGCAGUAACGUCAGCAGUUGAAUCUAAUCAGGUUAUUCUUAUAUUUGGUGAGACUGGGUGCGGAAAGACCACACAGGUCCCACAAUAUCUCUUGGACCAUAUGUGGGGUAAGGGUGAGACAUGUAAAAUAGUGUGCACUCAACCCAGGCGUAUCUCAGCCAUAUCAGUUGCUGAGAGAAUCUCUUAUGAAAGAGGUCAGGAAGUUGGCAGGGAUGUUGGGUACAAGAUACGGCUGGAAAGCAAAGGUGGAAGGCAGUCAUCCGUUGUGUUCUGCACAAAUGGGAUUCUGUUGAGGAUUCUAAUAUCCAGAGGUGUUGGUAUGUCAAUAGGAGAUGCAUCGAAUGAAGAAACCAAACAACAAGAUCUGUCUGACAUAACUCACAUUAUUGUGGACGAAAUUCAUGAAAGGGAUCGCUACGCUGAUUUUAUGCUGGCUAUUCUCAGAGACCUGCUUCCCUCAUAUCCUCAUCUGCGUCUGAUUUUGAUGAGUGCGACUGUUGAUGCGGAACGCUUCUCACAGUAUUUUGGUGGCUGCCCGGUUAUCCGUGUCCCAGGGUUCACUUAUCCUGUUAAAACUUUCUAUUUGGAGGAUGUGUUGUCUAUCUUGAGAUCUAUAGAACAUAAUCACUUAGAUAAGCCUGCAUUAGGUGGCUCAACCUCAGACUAUGACUUAUUAGAGGAAGAUAAGCUCGCUUUAGAUGAAGCGAUUAGUAUGGCUUGGUCAGAUGAUGAUUUUGAUCCACUUCUUGAAUUGAUUUCAACUCAAGGAACCUGUCGAAGUUAUGAUUACCAGCAUUCUGUUACUGGACUUACACCAUUAAUGGUGUUUGCUGGAAAGGGUAGAGUAGAUUAUGUUUGCAUGCUGCUAUCAUUUGGGGCAGACUGCCAAUUGCGGGCUGGCGAUGGAACCACUGCAUUGGAGUUGGCUGAGCGCUUAGACCAAUUAGAGUCUGCUCAAGUGCUGAAAGAUCAUAUGGAAAGUGCUCUUUCUAACUCCAUCAAACAGCAAAAUUUGCUCGAUAAGUAUCUCCAAUAUUUUAAUCCUGAGAAUAUUGAUGUCAUUCUUAUUGAGCAAUUGUUAAGGAAAAUUUGUAGUGAUUCGAAAGAUGGAGCAAUUCUUGUUUUUCUUCCUGGGUGGGAUGAUAUAAGAAAAACUGAGGACAGAUUACUCAUGAAUCCAUAUUUCAGAGAUCCUUCGAAGUGUGUGAUUAUACCUCUACAUUCAAGUGUUCCAGCUGCUGAACAAAGGAAGGUCUUCAGUCGUCCACGUGGUGGUUGCCGAAAAAUUGUUCUUUCGACCAAUAUUGCUGAAACUGCAGUCACCAUUGAUGAUGUCGUUUAUGUUGUAAACACUGGUCGGAUGAAAGAAAAAGAUUAUGAUCCUUUUAGUAACGUUUCAACUCUACACUCUUCCUGGGUAUCGAAAGCGAGUGCCAAGCAGCGACAGGGGCGUGCAGGCCGUUGUCAACCUGGAAUUUGUUAUCAUCUUUACCCUAGACUUCGAGCUGCUUCAUUGUCAGAUUAUCAGGUGCCUGAGAUUAGGAGAAUGCCAAUCGAGGAGCUUUGCCUUCAGGUGAAGUUACUUGAUCCAGAUUGCAAGAUAGACGAGUUCCUAAACAAGACACUGGAUCCUCCUCAAUCGGAGACAAUACGCAAUGCGAUUUCUGUUCUUCAAGAUAUCGGGGCUUUAUCGGUGGAUGAAAAACUUACAGAACUUGGGGAAAAGCUAGGUUCUUUACCUGUUCAUCCAUUGACGAGCAAAAUGCUAUUCUUUGCUAUACUGAUGAACUGUCUCGACCCAGCUUUAACUCUGGCCUGUGCUGCUGACUACAAGGAUCCAUUCUUGCUUCCUAUGAUGCCUGAGGAAAGGCAGAAAGCUCUUGAUGCUAAGGCUGAACUAUGUUCAUUGUACGGUGGGCAUAGUGAUCAGCUAGCAGUCAUAGCAGCAUUCAACUGCUGGAAGCUUGCAAAACAGCAGGGUAAGGAGAAUCGGUUUUGUGCUAAAUACUUUGUCUCUGGAAGUACCAUGUACAUGCUUGCUGGUAUGCGAAAUCUACUCCAAACAGAGCUAAUUCGGCUGGGGUUUAUUCCCGAGGAUGUGUCAAGAUGUAGUUUAAAUGCACAGAACCCAGGUAUCAUCAAUGCAGUUCUGGUGGCCGGUUUGUAUCCCAUGUUGGGAAAAAUGCUUAUUUCUGCUAAGGGAGGAAAAAUAAAGGGAUCCUUUAUAGAGAUUCCUAAUGGUAGUAAAGUUCGUUUGCACACUCGUUCUAUUAUUAGUAAAUCAGAGUUCAGGACAUGUGGUGGUUCCCCAUUGGUUGUAUUUGAUGAGAUAACCCGUGGGGAUGGGGGUUCGAGCAUACGAAACUGUAGUCUGGUUGGGCCACUUCCAUUAUUAUUGCUGUCAUCAGAAAUAGCUGUUGCGCCAGCCAAUGAUGAUGAGGAAAGUGAUGUCGAUGAUAAUGAUUAUGGAAGUGAUGAAGAUGCGAUGGAGAUAGAUUGUCAGUCGGGUGGACAGCGGGAAGAGAAGAUUAUGUCAUCACCUGAUAAAUCCGUCAUGGUUAUAGUGGAUGGGUGGCUUUAUUUUCAGUCGAAAGCUCUUGACAUUGCACAGAUCUAUUGCUUGAGGGAACGCCUUUCGACAGCAAUACUAUUCAAGGUGACUCAUCCAAAGGAAGUUUUGCCUCCAGAUCUUGGGGAAUCUAUUUAUGCUAUAGCAUGUGUUUUAUCUUAUGAUAGUCUAUCUGGGAUUCCAUUGCAAAAGUCUACGGAUUUACCGACAAGUUAUAGGGAGAUUAUGAUUGGUAAAUCUGGAAAGGUAGUUCUUAGAGACAACGAAGAUGAAUCAGCAGAAUUGAAGCAGUCAUUAGGCCGUAGUGUUUGCCAGAAGUUUCUACCACAAGCUACUGAUUUGCCUGCCUCAAAUGGAGCUGCAAAGUUGAGUGCUGACCAAUCAAUUCAUAGUGCUCUGCCAAGUGCCGACCAAUCAAUUCAUAGUGCUCCCCCACCACUGGGUUCAGCUCCUGCAAACACAACUCCGCCGUCCCCCUCGCAUGUUCAUGUUCCGGUGGGAAAGGUAAAACUCAAAGUGAAAAAGAAGAAAGCAUCAGAAUCGAAGCAGCUAUUAGGUCAGAGUGUUUGCCAGAAGCCUCUAUCACAAGCCACUGACUUGCCUGCCUCAAAUGGAGCUGCAAAAUUGAGCGACAACCCAUCAAUUAUCGGUGUUGCCCCACUGCCGGGAUCAGCUUCCACAGACACAAUCCCAUCAUCCCUGUCGCAAGUUCCAGCUCCGGUCGAAAAGGUAAAAGUGAAAAAAAAUAAAGCAAAAAAAUCAAAGCAGCCAUCAGGUCAGAGUGUUCCCGGGGAUGUGGUAGAGAUAGCUACUGAUUUGCCUGCCUCAAAUGGAGCUGCUAAGUUGAGCUGUGACUCAUCAUCAAUUCACAUCACUCCCCCAUCAGCACUUGCAGACACAACACCGCUGCCCCCGUCGCAAGUUCCAGCCCCAGCAGGUCUGGUCGAAGGAAAGAAGCGGAAGAAGCACCGGAAUCAAGCUGGUUGAAGAAAGAUUGAUAUUGAGUUCGAAGCUCAAACUGUAUGUUGUAGACUUGUAGGGCUUGAAGGCCCCCAGGAAUUCGUUACGCAAAUUAUAGUCAAAACUUGUGGUAGUGUCAGAUAAUAAUGAUCAAGAAUAUUUCUCUU